AUGAAACCAAGCGAGCUCCCAACCGUCUUCGGUUCCCUGCUGAAAGUCGUUUACACAAAGCAAAUGCCAUCAAAUCCUGGUUUUCUAUCCGACAACAACAUCGACACUCGUAUGCUGAUUGAGGGCGGAGUGGCGGCUCUUGUGAAUAACUCAACAGUAGCGAACGGACGAAUGGAAGGAACAGAUGUUGACGGGGAUUCUAUCAUCUCUUCUGAUGAUGACUCCAUUGGACAUUGCCAUUGUGGUACAGGAGAUUCGUGCGACGAUCCAGAAGCGGGUCGGCGUGCGGAAAAAGUUCUAUGGGCGGUUGCUUUACUUUCGGCGGUAUUCAUUAUUGCCGAGUUUGCUGGCGGCUUCUUCGCCUCAUCGCUAGCGAUUAUGACCGAUGCCGGACAUAUGCUUUCUGAUCUGUUGUCAUUUGUCAUUUCUAUUCUGGCAAUCAGGACUGCACGCCAGCCACCAAGCAAACGUCUUUCUUGGGGCUACGAGCGAGCCGAAGUAUUAGGAGCACUGAUAUCCAUUAUUAUUUUAUGGGUGCUCACGACUGUGCUUGUUCUGCUGGCUAUUGAAAGAAUUGUGAGCAACAAUUUAAGUGUUGAGGCUGACGUGAUGUUAAUUACUGCCUGUGUUGGCGUUGGUUUCAAUAUUAUCAUGGGCGCAGUACUACAUUUUGGUGGUGGAGGCCAUGGACAUGCUCAUCAUGGUGGUCACGGUCAUUCGCAUUCACACGGGGGAAGCGAUAAGAAUGUCAACGUCCGUGCCGCGUUCAUCCAUGUGGUCGGCGACUUAAUCCAGUCGAUUGGUGUUCUGAUUGCCGCCCUAGUGAUUAAGUUCACCGGCUGGGAACUAGCGGAUCCGAUUUGCACAUUCUUCUUCUCUGUGAUUGUACUAUUCACAACUAUCACUGUGUUGCGUGAUAUAUUCUUCGUUCUUAUGGAAGCCACUCCACGACAUAUGGACUUUAACGCUGUGAGGGAGGAUCUCGCCGCUUUACAAAACGUCCAGAGUGUUCACGAUCUCCACAUGUGGUCUCUAAACAUGGACAAAACCGCUCUGUCUGUACAUCUAGCCGUCGAUUCAUCAGAUCACGCUCUGUCUACGGUGACUGCAGCUCGUCAACUGAUUCGGCAAAAAUAUGGCCCAUGCGAUUCGGUGGCUCCCGUAAUGCGAAGAGACUGCACUACUCCGGAGAUAGAGGUCAGCGAACUGGAAAAGCCUAGCACAGGCAUAGUGUUGACAUACCUCUAUGCUGCAACAAGCUACCUGAUGAGAAAGAUGGUGCAUAAUGUACCUGACCCGACAAUACAGAGAAUUGGAAAAGUUAUCCACGAUCCGAAGAGAAUAAAGACGGUAAUUUUGGAAAGUACUUUUGAAAACCCCAUAGUCUCUAUGAUAUUAUUCAUGUGGAUAUUACUCGCAGGAACGAUGGUGUUUUUAGCUGGGAUGAAUUUUGUUUGUCGAACUCUAUUUGUUAAUAAGGGGAAAAAUGUGAACGCUCUUUCCAUGGUUUGGGCAGCUCUUUCAUUCAUUGUUUGUGUGUCAACCUCCUUGGCUGGCAUGUAUCUGUUUUCUGUUAGUCUCGGUCAACUUCAAGAUGGUAUUCAAUUACUGCCAAGUCAGCUAAAAAUCGUCACACAUGAUACCAAUAUUUUUAUGAUUCACCUUGGUAAUACCGUACACUGCUUGUAUAAAAAUGAACACAUAGAAUUCAACGUUAAAGCCAAAAAAGUGCAUAAGCAUUUACUAGAACAUGUCGCUGUAAUUGAAAAUAGAGUCAACAUCACACAUAUGCUAGAAAUUUUCACACAAAUACAAGAAAAUAAAAAAACUUUAAGUAACACUAUGAGUGCAAUGAGAAAAUCACCUGCGCAAGAAAUACGUAUCUAUUCCAUGCAAGCAACUGAAUUUCUAUUGGAAACAUUGCAAUUUAUGGAAAUGUAUAAUAAUUGGAUCACAGGAAUGUUGGAAACUUGUUCAUCGAUGUUGCUAAGGAUUAAAAAUGGCGUCAAAAAAACAACAAAAGCAAAGGAAAUGGUUGAACGAUCAAUGAGGGAUUAUGCGAAAAAGAUACAAAUAUUGGUCUAUUUUAUUCGGAAUUCCACAAUUGAAGUAGAAGAGCAACUUAGUGAUGCGUUCACAGAAAAGAAAUACUCGCAGCGUGUAAGUGACAUCCUCGGCUACACCAUCAUCAUUCCGUUUACACUGGUUGCACUUUCUAUGCUAGGGCUUACAGCCAUUUUCAUCGGCUGUACGUUCUACAUAAGUCGGUACCGUCAUGAUGAGAAAAGAUCACGACGUGGAGCUGUUUCUCUUGCUUUGGGAUCCAUUUUAGCUGCUGCUGGUUACACCGCUAUUCUUGUUGGAGCUAUGUUAUGCGCAAUGUCAGCGAUUUGUUUCGUUAUUGCUUUUGUCGCUAUGUGCAUGUGUACUGGACUCUUUGAAGACAAAGAACUGCGCUUAUUUCACGCAAUUCCAAAUCUGGAAUAUACCAUAACCGUUGGAAAUCAGGAAAUAACUCAUACAGUCUAUGACACUUUCUAUAAAUGCAAAAAUGGUUACACGUUUUUUGAAUCCUUGAAUGGUUCGGAAAUUAUGGCCGAAAAAGAAUUCCGUGACAAGUUCGGUGAUUUAAGACGGUACGAUAUUGGAAGAGAAAUUCAAAACUUUCAUGUGAGCAAGACAGUCGUCAACACUAUCGCCGCUCAAUUGGAACACAAGAAGGCACAUAUGAUGGAGUUCCAACGAAUACUGAAAGAAAUAAGUCGAAGGAAUUCUAGUAAGGACUUGUCAACACUAAUGGAAAACGUCGCGGUUGCCAAUGAUGACAUCAAUGAACUCGCAAACGAUUUCGUUCGUUUACAACAAAUGAUUAAACCACUAGUAACUCCUAAGAUUAGGGAUCCGUUGGUGAAAACGAUACGCAAAAAUCAAGAACAGUUCCAGCAUCUUAUCUCCACAGCAAUCGCAAACCUAUUUGUAGCUAUAGUAGAUAUUUCGCCGCAAUGUGAAAACCUCUUGAAUAUUUGGGACGGAAUGGGCAAAUAUGUAUGCAACUGGAUUUCUGCACCAGCGCAAGGACUAUGGGUGGCAAGUAUGUUUUGUGCAAUCGGAUCAGUUGCUAUCUAUCAUGCGUUCUUUAACAUCGCUAGAUUCAUGAACAAGUAUGCCGAAUCAACUCGAGAUAUUUAUCAAAGAAAAAGAAAACGACGGGACAAGUUCGAAUAUGUUAUGAAGGCCUUAAAAGAGGCUAAACGUAGCAGCUCGUCGAGUGGAAGCAAAGAAGGAUACUCGCAGUCCACUGAUCAACUACAAAGAAAGGAAGAAAAUCAAUCGAUAGGAAUAAAAUCGAAUUCAAAUCUGUCAACAAAGUCUCGUGAAAAUACUACAAGCCAACAAAUUGCUCAAAAACUGAUGAUAAUUCGAACAUUCCGGGAACUUCGUAGAAAAGAGUGA